GACGCACGACCCCGCCCCCGGCCGCUCCACAGCGCCAGCCUAGCAGAGGCUGCGAGGCGGCGAGCGGGCUGGGGUGGCCGAGGAGCCGCGGCUCAGCAGCUGGCAGCGAGUGCGCGGCGCCCCACGGAACUUCCCCGCUGCCGCCUCGGCGGCGUCCGCCUCUCCCAUGUCCCGCAAGGCGAGCGAGGACGUGGAGUACACGCUGCGCAGCCUGAGCAGCCUGAUGGGCGAGAGGCGCCGCCGGCAGCCGGAGCCCGGGGCGCCGGGCGGGGAGCGCAGCCUCCUGGCCGCCGAGUCGGCCGCCAGCCUGCAGGGCGCGGAGCUGGAGCGCGCGGCGCGCAGGCAGUUCCAGCGCGACGAGACCCCCGCCUUCGUGUACGCGGCCGCCGCCUUCUCGGCGCUCGGCGGCUUCCUGUUCGGCUAUGACACCGGCGUGGUGUCCGGGGCCAUGCUGCUGCUGCGGCGCCAGAUGCGCCUGGGCGCGAUGUGGCAGGAGCUGCUGGUGUCGGGCGCGGUGGGCGCGGCCGCCGUCGCGGCGCUGGCCGGAGGGGCCCUGAACGGCGCCCUCGGUCGGCGCAGCGCCAUCCUGCUGGCCAGCGCCCUGUGCACCGUGGGCUCCGCCGUGCUGGCCGCCGCCGCCAACAAGGAGACGCUGCUGGCCGGUCGCCUGGUCGUGGGGCUCGGCAUCGGCAUUGCGUCCAUGACCGUUCCCGUGUACAUCGCGGAGGUCUCACCACCCAACCUGAGAGGUCGCCUGGUCACCAUCAACACCCUCUUCAUCACAGGCGGACAGUUCUUUGCAAGUGUUGUCGACGGAGCCUUCAGUUACCUGCAGAAGGAUGGAUGGAGGUACAUGCUGGGACUUGCGGCCAUUCCAGCCGUUAUACAGUUUCUUGGAUUCCUCUUUUUGCCCGAAAGCCCUCGGUGGCUGAUACAGAAAGGACAGACUCAGAAGGCCCGCCGAAUUUUGUCCCAGAUGCGUGGCAAUCAGACCAUCGAUGAGGAGUAUGACAGCAUCAGGAACAGCAUCGAGGAGGAGGAAAAGGAGGCCACCGCAGCUGGACCUAUAAUCUGCAGAAUGCUGAGUUACCCCCCAACUCGCCGAGCGUUAGUUGUGGGAUGUGGCUUACAGAUGUUCCAGCAGCUCUCGGGCAUCAACACCAUCAUGUACUACAGCGCAACCAUCCUGCAGAUGUCAGGCGUUGAAGAUGACAGACUUGCAAUAUGGCUGGCUUCAAUCACAGCGCUCACUAACUUCAUUUUCACACUAGUGGGAGUCUGGCUUGUCGAGAAAGUGGGUCGCAGGAAGCUUACCUUUGGUAGUUUGGCAGGUACCACAGUAGCACUUAUUAUUCUUGCCUUGGGAUUUCUGCUCUCAGCUCAGGUCUCACCACAGGUCACUUUCCGACCAACGGCUCCUUCGGGUCAAAAUACCACCUGCACAGGAUACAGUUACUGUAAUGAGUGUAUGCUGGAUCCGGACUGUGGUUUCUGCUACAAGAUCAACAGUUCAGCUGUCAUUGAUUCCUCCUGUGUUCCAGUUAACAAAGCUUCUACAAAUGAAGCAGCCUGGGGCAGGUGUGAAAAUGAAACCAAGUUCAAAGCAGAAGAUGUUCACUGGGCUUACAGUUUCUGCCCUACCCCAUACUCCUGGACAGCACUCGUGGGCCUGGUGUUAUAUCUUGUUUUCUUUGCACCUGGAAUGGGACCAAUGCCCUGGACUGUGAACUCUGAAAUCUAUCCUCUCUGGGCAAGAAGUACAGGAAAUGCAUGCUCAGCUGGAAUAAACUGGAUUUUCAAUGUGCUGGUUUCAUUGACCUUUUUACACACAGCAGAGUAUCUUACAUACUAUGGAGCGUUCUUCCUCUACGCUGGAUUCGCCGCUAUGGGACUGCUUUUUGUCUAUGGCUGCCUUCCUGAAACCAAAGGGAAAAAAUUAGAGGAAAUCGAAUCACUCUUUGAUCACCGGCUAUGUACAUGUGGCACUGCUGACUCGGAUGAAGGGAGAUACAUUGAGUACAUCCGCGUGAAGGGAAGCAACUAUCAUCUCUCCGACAACGAUGCUUCUGAUGUGGAGUAACUUUCUCCUGGUGACUUGCUAGUUACUGAAGUGAACGUGGCUGGAAGGCCAGCGGUUGGUCACUGCCCUGCUCGCAAGCUGAGUCUCCCCACAGUCCUUGCAAAUGACUCCAUAUUCCAGAAGACUUGAUGAGCAGAAAAAUACAACCGUGGUGAUGUUUAUUUUCAUACACAGAAAUGCUAAAAAAAACCCAACAACAACAACACAGAUUUUUCUUAAGCAAAUGUGUAUAUGCCCUUCCUGCGACAGUCUAGACAUUACUGUUGUACCCAGUGACUUCAACUGGGAUCCCUUUCUCCUCAGACCACAUAUAAUUGUUAGUGGCAAAACAGUCAGUGCUAAUCUAAGCAGAUUACAUAUGUAUAUUUAUAAAGGAUUAUUUAAAAUGAGCUAAAGAUAUUUAAUGUCAAAACAUGGUCUAUUGACCCUAAAUUUUCAUAUCGGGUAGUGGCUUUUCCCUGAUCAGCACAAAGCGAAUACCAUCUAAAUUUCCAUCCACAAAUUCAGAAGUCCUGUGAAGACACAGCUGUCCCUCUGGCCUUUGGGUUCCAGAUGUUGGCUUCUCCAACACAGAUAUGGAAAUUCUCUCAAGAGGCUGAGUACACAGGAUCUUUUGAACAUUAUCCAAAGCGCGGGCCUUUUAAGGGUUAUUUUCAUACUUUUUUUGCAUCAGUGAUGAGUAUAUUUGCAGAGACACGCUAGCAUGUUUUGAUAAGUAUAUUUUAUUGUCCAAGUAAGAAAGAACAGAUUUUUAUAUAUCCUGAUUUGUUAGUCACUUUGGAAUGCAACUGUAAAUGUGAAGCAGUGCCAGGUGGCCAACUGUAUUCCAGCGUCAGUUCCACACAGACUCUCUUCAUUGUCAUGCCCUGGCUCCUGCUGUUCUGUGCCUUCCUUGGUGUUAAAUGACAGCUGCUGGCAGACUGAUACACAAGAGGAAAGAAGUCAGUGGCAGAGAUGUUGUUGACAUUUAAUUUAAAUCCUAGGACUUCUUCCUCCAGAUGUUUUAUUGGCUCAUACUAAGGACAGGAGCACACCUCACUGUUAAUUACUUGCGAUUUCCCCCAGAGGACACGAGCUACUUUUGAUCCCAUGUUCUUUUCUCAUUCUUAGUAAUUUGCUACGCAAGCAAAAAUUCGAAGCGAUGUCUGCUUCUUCAUCUCAGACAUGGUCUGGUUUCUGUCUGGAGACAUGGAGAUUUCUCCAUUGGGAAAGAAAACACAGCUAGGUUCUGAUGCCACAGUUGGUAAAACACGUUGACUUUUCAUUGCAUCUCUCAGAGUAGAUCUAUGUUCAUUCAGUCCUGAGUUCCCAGUUCAUACCACCCUACUAAGAGCUGUGUGAUACAAACAAAAUUUCUUGCUCACAAAAGUCAUUUCUUGUAAAGCAAUGGAUGAAUCUAGUGACCAGUUAGGAAUGCAUCGCUUUGAUGCUGCACACCAUGAUCUAAACAUCUAAUUAAGGUCCAUGCUCAGGUGAGUGAUGGCUAGGGACAGGAGAAAGCAUCUCUGCCAGGCUCCAAAAUGUUUCUUCUUGCUCCUUCUUACGGCAAUUUCCAAGCAGAGACUGCAGCGAAGGAAGUUAUCCUCCGGUCACCAGAGGUUCUUAUACAGUCAAUUUCCUGCCCUACAAAUCCUUCAGCCCAAAGAGGAGGUUCCCUGUUUGGUUAGUUAAUGUUAUUUAAAAAAAAAAAACAAUUAACAUAAUAUUUUUGAAAAAGUUUUCCUCAAAUUAGGUGCUUUGAAAUUUAUUUAUAGAGAAUAUUAGUACUGUUUUUUUUUCUAGAGCAGAAGAUAUUAUUUAAUAGGAUGUAUUAUUUGAUAUUUCUAACCUCCUAAGCUAUUUCUUAACUCAAUAGCAUUUUAUGAGAUCAAAUGUGGUACAGUUAACAUAUUAUGGGAAGAAACAAAUGAAUAAAGUGCUCCUUUUAAAAUACAUUUUUCUGAUUUGCCCAACCUGUUGCCUCAAUUCUUCCCUUUGAGGCCCAUGUAGCCUUAAGCACACAGGAAUCUCAGCAGAGCUGGCCCAGGGUAAAGGGACAUCUAGAAUCCUUAGUCCUGAGAGCUAGGUGUGACCUGUUCUUGCUGACAUAAAAACAAGUAUGUUCAGCUUUAUGUCCAUAAAUUAACAUAAUAUUGGGAAAUCAUCCACAUUCUUCUUGCCCUGUUCCCUUCAUCACAUCUAAAAAUUAUUUGUUAUCUAUAUAGUAACAGUAGUUCAUACCUUUAACAUACAAGACAGAGAGGCGCAUAUGAGACUUACUCAUAACUUGUAAAAAGCAACUCAAUACUUGAAAAGGAACCUCUAUAAUCCAGAUAUGAGUUUUAGAUUUGCUGAACAUUUAUAAUACAUUAAAAUUUCAGAUUUUUAUUCUAUCAAGCACCUCUUCUCUUAAACCAUCAAACAUAUAUUUUGUAGGACAAUUCCUAUAUGAGAUGAUUUGACCAGAUGCAUUAAAAUAGACAUAUGAAGCAGUAUACUUACUACUGCGGUGAGAGCUUUCUUUCCAAACACAUUCCAAAUCCAAUACAGGUGUACUUCAUUUGGGAACACUGGGUGACAAUCUGGCUGGGUGGCUAAUGUGCAGGAGAAUUAAGAAUGCAUUAUUUUGUAUACAUGUAAGCACAUGCUGUUGGAAAUGAUGUAAAAAGACUUGAUGCUGCGAUCUGUGGGGACAGUUCAGUGUUAGAGCUCUGGCCUGAAAAGAUUGGAUCUUAAUAUUUUUCUUCCAUAUAAACAUCUAUAAUAAUUUUGAUGGUUACACCUACAUUGGUCAGCAUCCAAAACAUAGCUUUGAAUAUACAUGUAGAAGAUCUAAAUAAAAGGCAUUUCCAGGAGAAAAACCACCAGAAUCUUUUCAACAGUUGAUCAGUGAAACACACUUUAGGAUCCAGUGUUAACAAUUGUCACUCACUCUAAAGUGAGAGAGCAGUGAAAGUACAGAAUGUAUGGAUCUUUGCUGUAACUUCAGUGUCCACUAAACAGAAAAACAGACUGGGAAAAAAUUGACGCCUGACCCGUUUAGUUUUAAGAGCAAAGUAAAAUUGCAAAGUAUUGUUAAUACUCAUACCUCUUGGGGCAGGGGUGAAGUAGUGUUUUAGACAGCACUACCCAUGUCUUCUAUAAUAACUGAGUGUGAUAAGGUUUCAGUUAGCAAGUUCAGACCAUUUCCCUAACUAGAAAUAAAAAGGAUUAGAUGGUGCAACCAGGGCAAGAGUAGAAGAUUCCUGGUAGAUGCUCUCUAGAAAACUAUCCUACAUUCUACUUUAAACCGCAAAGUUAGAGAUGAAAUUUACCGUUCAAAAGUAACUACUGCCUAUAAAAAGACUCAGAAUUAUCCUCUGGGUUAAUUUUUAACAUCCUUCAGCCUAUCGAUUUCUACCAAUCCUAGCCUCAUGCGCAGGAAGGUUCAGUCAGUUCUCCAAGGCAAUCAGUAGAGCUGCCUUCUUGGGCAACAUCAAUCAGUUGCAAAUGCCAAACAGCUAACUAACUGCUCAGCUCUUCCUUGUGUGCUGUUUAGGGAAGACAAUCCGUAUGUGCCAAUCAUCUUCAGAGAGUUGCUUUAUGAAUAUUCAUGUUCAGAAGUACCAGGAAGUAUUUUAUCGUUAUCAUAAUGUGCUUGUGAGUUCAGAACAGUAUACUUCUCUAAAUCUUCAUAUGUGUACAGUACAGUCUAGAACACUUUAGUCUUUUGGUCAACGGUCUUCAUUGACUUUGUUUACAGGUAAUAUUCACAUUUUAGACAAUUAGGCUCAUAGGAUUGAUUUCUUGUCAUGUCCAUAUAAAUAAGAAGUGGACUGUGCAGGUAACCAGUACUCAAGCUUAAGAAUCAAUACUUUAUAAAGUUUUAAGAUUUUGCUAAAUUCAACAUCCCAUUUCACUUAAAGUUUAGACAAUAUAAUCAACUCUAGCCAAAGUAGAAAUUUAUGACCUAUAUACAUGUCCAGAUUCUCUGGUGGCUCCUGUACUAUGUCUCACUUGAUGUUACAAUACUGUUUGUGAUAAAUGUUCUAAUUUCUAUUUAGGAACUCUAAAUAUACAUCUCUAUUCAAUCAGGAGUCUCUUGCUGUUAGAGGUGUAUGUAUUUUGAACUGUAUUUCAUUUUCUAGUGCAUGUUAUUUAUGGUUUAAUACUUGACAAAUCUUGACAAGUUUAGUCUUUCCAUUUUUAUCUGUGACAUACAGAAUAUCUCUCAAAAACUGCCACUGUCCCAUUUACCAAAUCAUGCUAGCCUAUGCUGUAUCAAAAGUAUGUUCUAUUUUAUGGAGAUUUAGUGAUAUAUAUGUAAAUGUUUUUUAAGUUAUUUUAUUGAACCUCAAUAUUUACAUGAAGUUAUAAUCUUUUUUUAAAGAAAGUAUCAGUGCCAGAACUGUAUAAGAAAACAAUCAAAUAAAAGCAAAGAUAAUUCAC